AUGCCUACAUUAAAUCAAUUGAUUCGUCAUGGUAGAGAAGAAAAACGGCGCACGGACCGUACUCGAGCUUUGGAUCAAUGUCCCCAGAAGCAAGGAGUAUGCCCGCGUGUUUCAACGAGAACACCGAAAAAACCUAAUUCAGCUCCACGUAAGAUAGCCAAAGUACGGUUGAGCAAUCGACAUGAUAUAUUUGCUCACAUUCCAGGCGAAGGUCAUAAUUUGCAGGAACAUUCUAUGGUCUUAAUAAGAGGAGGUAGAGUGAAAGAUUCGCCAGGUGUGAAAUUCCAUUGUAUUCGAGGAGUCAAGGAUUUGCUGGGAAUUCCGGAUCGAAGAAGAGGCAGAUCAAAAUAUGGUGCGGAAAAACCAAAAUCGAUAUGAAUGGAAGAUGCCUCUGGAACUCCUUUUUCUCGGUAAGGAUAGGUACGAAGUCACUCGACUGAAAGGAGAGGGAACAACCACAACGUUACACCCCAAAACUAUACGGAGCCCUUCCGAAUGACCUAGAAUAUAGUCUACUAGACUAGCCAAGAAAGAGUGACGUAGACUAUAUUCGCCCGUGGAGGUGAGUGGAGGAAGCUGUGAAGCUUCUAACUCUAAUUACCAACUCGGGACUAUAUUAGUAUAAAGCGGCAUUAUCCCUUUACUAAAUCCUCCCUCGCUUACCACCAUGAACAAGACCUUUCCCGAUCAAUUGGUUUUUCAUUAUUGUUUAAGAAAGAUGGCAAAUCCUACCAUUGUAUUUCCUUUUUUCAUUUGGAUCCUAUCAACUUGGAGAGUGUCUAGAUUAAGACACUUCUCGUAUUCGGACUAUCAAGAUCGACUAAAUGAGAGUGUGGCUGACAUGGUAAAAGAACAAAUCAGCCACACUUUUCUGGACCCCUUUUUUUACAAGCUUGAAUUCUACUCCCAGCAGGACACACUACACAACAUGUAAUAAAGAUUUUUAUAGGAGAACAAAAUGAAGCUAAUUUACAGCUCUUGUCAUAUAUCUAUAAUAGCUUCCAAUAAUGUUGAAUAUAUAGUGAAUUUUUUGCGCAAGCCGUACAUAUUGCGUUAACAAUAAUGGGGGGAGGUGGUUUUGGUUAGUUAAAUAGUUGUUGUAGUUUGAGUCCUCUCGAGGACGGGCCCCUUUUUUUGGGGAAAGGAUAGUGGGUAGGGCUUAUCUUUCCCCCAGACUACUUUACUCACUGGAAAUCAUUCCACGUACAGGAACUGGGAAAAAAAAGGGCUCGAACUACAGGGAUCUGAUACCUGGCUUUCUUGGUAUGAGAAGUUGGUUAUGUAGGCUGACAACCUUUCCUAGGUUGUUUCGAUCAGGCCAAAUAAUCGAUUUGGAGUAUGCCUGAGAUUGCCAGAAGAACUUCCCCCUCUUGAAAACUGACUAAUCAAACAAAGGGGGUCACUUUUUUUUAUGAGGGUAGGGAGUUUGGGUUGGUGUGAAGUGUACCGCACUUUGGGUACAAGAUCGGAAAUUCCAUUCUCUUUUUUACCAUCUAAAAUCGAAGAAAAGAAAGAAGGGCGAGAAAAACAAAUAAAGAGCUAACUUUCUUUAAACUUUCUUUAUUAUUAUGUAAGAUUAGAAGGUGCAAAAUGAAUCGGCGCAGGAGCUGCUACAAUUGCUUCAGCGGGAGCUGCUGCCGGUAUUGGAAAUGUUUUCAGUUCCAACAUUCUGUUGCGAGAAAUCAUUCAUUGGCAAAAGAUUUUUUGGGUUAUGCUAUUUUGGGAUUUGCUUUAACCGAAGCUAUUGCCUUGUUUUCCUUAAUGAUGGCCUUCUUAAUCCUCCUUGUCUUUUAGAAAAAAAAAGAAAAGAGUGGAAGCGGGCUAGUCCCCGAAAAUCCCCGGUACUUUAGCGUUGGGGACAAGUAAGAUUAUUAUCUGGUUUAUCCGCCAUCGUUAUCACAAAUUGAAUAUCCUGUUAAUGUGCCAGCCCUAGCCCGUCUUGCUCUUCCAAUUCCAUUUCGAGAGUCAUCAUAGCUCUUUUGGACUUAUACAUGCAGCACCCUUUUCUCUUUCGGCAUAGACCCUUCUUCCUCCUUGCGAUGCAAAGGCAAUGUCAGGGAGGGCGAGAGAAGGGGAGCACGUAUGGGUGGUAUGAAAGCCAUAAGCGGAGGCAUGGGUCUUUCUCACGAAGAUGCGAAGCCUAGAGAUGAGUCUAUUCCAAAUUGACAGAAAAAUCUGGGGUAGGAGGCUUGAUGACAGGUGAUAAGGUGAGGAAAAGCGAAGUCAAGCCUGACCUAAGAAAAGACUGGUUCUCAACCACAGCAGAAUGAGGUUUUUUCCUUUACCGAUACCUAUUUUUGCCUCUUUCUUCCGGAAACUUACGAGAUGCUAUUUUUCCGGGGAGUCCGACUCUUCAAUCGAAAAAAAGACGGUCGUGUGCGAGUCGGCUGGGAAAACACAAGCUUAACACGUCUUUCUUUAUCUUUUUCAUAUCUGAAUGUCUUUGUCGAGUUGGUUGGCAUCAUUCGCUCCUUUCUGUCUUUUCAUUGUCCGCCUCCGCCCGAACAGAUACGCACUAACCCACCUGAAAUAAGGUAAAAGCCUUCUUUCCAACCCUUUGUACGAGACUCCUUUCUUCGUACAAAUGCUCGUAGGCGAAAGAGACCUUCCUUUGCUCCUGUCGGCGGGAUCAGCCAGUGUCCCCGUGUGUAAGGCCCUUUCCUGAAAGAGGUCGAAUAGUUCCUGUCCCAUUCAUACUACUGUUGGCUUAUGUGCUAUGU